GGCCAUGGGGUAAGCUGGAGCCAGUCCCCAGCUGGACCUGAGAGGUAGCAGCAUCAGCAGGGCGGGCUGACUUUGGGGAUGCCCCCCUUGGCCCAGCAUCCCAGGUGGGCAACGUUUGCUGGUGCCCGGGUGCCCCAGAUCUGGACCCCAGGGUCUAGACCCCACCGGAUCCCAAACACUGGUGCACGGGGUGCCGAAACCCCCGACGUAGGCGCCAGCCCUGCACCCCCGUCUCCUGGGGCAGAGCAGGGCAGGCAUCCAGCAGCCCUGAGAGCCUUUGGAGGGGCACUGAGAGCCUCAAGCAGCGGCUGCGUGCCCUGGAUGUGCCUGCUCGCCCCGCACUGGGGGAAGGGUCCCAGCUCUGCGUGGGAGCUGCAGCCUGGGGGGGAGCAGGGGUCCCUGGCCAGCCCUGCCCACUCACCGCUGCCCGCAGCAGCGGGCUCAGGCUCCCGGCAGACUCUGGCAGGCGCUGCUGCUUGCAGCAAUGGUUUCCGGGUGACUGGCAGCUGGUAUUGCAACUCUGCAGGCUUCAGGCCCUUGGCCGAGAUGGAGACCCCGGAUACCCUGCUAGUGCCCAGCUCCUCACCACCCUGCCCAUGCUGGGCAAAGUGACUCACCCAGGGGCACCCAGGGAGGCUGUGGCAGAGCCCAGACCUCCUCCUUCCUGCUGCCCUGUCCCUCCUUGCUGCAGCCCGGCGGCCUCUUCAUGUGACACUGCUCUGGCGCCCUGGGCCCUGCUUGCAACGCCCACACGUGACUCCCAGCCCCGGGGUCUCGGAUGCCCUUGGCUGUAAAUGCAGCUGGCUUGGGGUGGAGCAUGGCAGCCCCCCUCGCCCCGGCCCCGAGCCAGCUCUGCACAGGUGGAUGGAUGCUGGGGGGUCACAAGGACAGGCAGGGGCAGGGCCGCGGCCCGGUGGUGCAGCCUGAGCUCCCAGCCUGGGAAUGGGGGGAGCUCUUGGCCGGCGCCGGGGGAAUCUGGGCCAGCGAGGCCAUUGUCCCUGCUCCGUGCCGGGGGGGCUGCACUAGCCGGGCCAGGAUGCCAUUAACUCCUGUUACCGAUCCCCAGAAACAGCUGGCAGGCUGACAGCGGGGGGAGGCCCCGCGCCCACCCAGCCCCGAGCCAGCGGCUGCCAACUCGAAUCCCGUCAGCCCCGACAGCUACUCGAUACCGGGCACGGUGCCCGCUGAAGGUCACCGUGCCCGCCCCGGCAGCGCCUGGGGUGGGAUAGGGGGACAGACACGGCAGCUCCCCUUCACCCCCCUUCCCCGGCCGUGGCCGUGCCCCUGCAGGAUCCCGGUCUGCCCUGCCGUGGUGGGCACGGGGCAGAUCCCCAGAUCAGCAUGCUCCCUCCCUGCACCCUGCACAGAUGGGCCGGCGCGGAGAAGGGGGCACCCGGCCGCCUGGUUUGGGGAUCACCAGAGGCCACGACCCCGCUGGCUGCAGGGACGUGGAGCAAAGCACGGUGCUCCAGUGCCCCGACAGCACCGCUGACGGGCCCGAAUCCACCCACCCCAGCCGCCCAGGCUAGCGGGCUGCAAAGCAGACCUGGACUUGGCUGGCGACGGCAGUGUGCGUGGGGGCCCUGACCCACGGCAGGGGGAGUUUCUGGCCCCGGUGGCGGCCCUUUGGGGCUGCAAUACCCUCCAGGGCACCAGGCAGAUGGUUUGCAGCGGCCCUAUGUGCUAGUGCAAGCCUGGCAGAGCAAGAAGAGUGGCGUGCGAGCAAGCUGGCAGUGCAUGGAGACCCCGCAUAGGGGAAUGCACGGGAGAGGCCGACCCCCACGCUGCCCCCGGCCGAGGUCGGAGAAGGACGGAGCCGAGGCCCCUGCAGAAGGGGCGCCGGAGCGGGCGCAGGGGGGUCCGGACGUCCCCGGGCCGAUGCGCCGGCGGGUGCGAGAGUGCCACAAAGCCGGGAAGAAAUCAAUGCACCCUCUGAACCGUUCCCGUGGCAACGGCUGUUGUCAGUUUCCACCAAUCAAUGGCGCGGAGCCGGGAGCCCGGCUGGGAGGGUCGGGGCCUGGCAUAAAGGGGCCCGCCGGCUCCGUCGCUCCCAGUCCCCCGUCGCCGCCCUGCCAUGGCCAGGAUGCCGGGGGGCUGGCCUGGUGCUCCCUGGUGCUGGCGCUGCUGCGGUGCCGCUGUUCUGCUGCUCUUGCUCACCGUGCACGCAGCCCAGCGCGCGGAGCUCGGGGCAGACACCGCGGCGGCCACCAUCAACCACGCACCGGCGCUGCUGCAGCGGCUGCAGGGGCUGCUGCAGCAGGGCAAUGGCAGUGACACUGUGCUGGGGGUGCGCCCGGCCGGCAGCGACGAGGUCCAGGUCUUCCACGCGCACCAGCUGCUGCUGGCCUUGCAGAGCGACGUGCUCGACGGGCUCCUGCACAACCGCUCCGACCUCACGCUGGACGAGCCCCCCGACAGCGCCGCCCUCUUCGACAAGUUCAUCAGGUACCUGUACUGCGGGGAGGUGUCGUUGCAGCUGCACCAGGCCAUCCCGCUGCACCGGCUGGCCAGCAAGUAUGGCGUGGCGAGCCUGCAGCGCGGCGUGGCCGAGUACAUGCGGAGCCACCUGGCCAGCGAGUCGAGCCAGGGCCACGUGGUGGGCUGGUACCACUACGCCACGCGCGUGGGCGACGCGGGGCUGCAGGAGAGCUGCCUGCAGUUCCUGGCCUGGAACAUGUUGGCCGUGCUGGGCAGCGCCGAGUGGGCCACGGUGAGCGCCGAGCUGCUGCUGCUGCUGCUGGAGCGCUCCGACCUGGUGCUGCACAACGAGCUGGAGCUGUACGGUGCCGUGGAGGCGUGGCUGGCCCGCCGGCAGCCCGAGGCCCGAGUGGCCGAGCGGGCCCUGCGCGCCAUCCGCUACCCCAUGAUCGCGCCCAGCCACCUCUUCCAGCUGCAGACGCAGUCGCCCGCCAUGCUGCGGCACCGCGCCGCCGUGCAGGACCUGCUCUUCCAGGCCUUCCAGUUCCACGCCGCCUCCCCGCUGCACUUCGCCAAGUACUUCGACGUCAACUGCAGCAUGUUCCUGCCCCGCAACUACCUGGCGCCCGCCUGGGGCUCGCCCUGGGUCAUCAACAACCCGGCGCGGGAUGACCGCAGCACCAGCUUCCAGACCCAGCUGGGCCCCAGCAGCCACGACGCCGGCAAGCGGGUCACCUGGAACGUGCUCUUCUCCCCGCGCUGGCUGCCCGUCAGCCUGCGGCCCGUGUACGCCGACGCCGUGUCUGGGGCGCUGCCCGCAGCCCGGCUGGAGGACGGGCGUCCCCGCCUGGUGAUCACGCCGGCCAUGUCCAGCUCCGACUUCGCCGGCGUCAGCUUCCAGAAGACGGUGCUGGUGGGCGUGCGGCAGCAGGGCCGCGUCUUCGUCAGGCACGCCUACAGCUUCCACCAGAGCACGGACGAGGUGCCCGACUUCCUGGCCCAUGCCGACCUGCAGAAGCGUGCCUCCGAGUACCUCAUCGACAACGCGCUGCACCUCCACAUCGUGGUCAAGCCCGUCUACCACUCCCUCAUCAAGGUCAAGAAGUAGCCGGGUGGACGGGCCCCAUGCUCCGGAUUUGGGGCAGGGGGUAAUUCCCGGGGCUUUUCCCUUCUAGAUAGAUGUGCAUUCGAGAUAGUCUCUGGGACGGUGCCUGUGACCCGGCCCCCAGGCUCUCGGGGGGCAGGGAGUGGGGAAUAUGGGCAGAGGAAGAAGCCCCGCACCCAGCUGCCCCCGAUGCCCGAGCCCCUUCUAACCGUGACCCCUGUCCGAGCUGGGCAGCCGCGCGGGUUGGCUUCGCCUUGGCUGACCUCCCGUGACUGCGGUCCCAGCUCCUGGGUCCAGCCGUGGCCGGCAGGUGCUAGGAGCACCCAUUCCCUGUGCUGGAGGCUGGGAUCCAGGUGGGGCAUCCAUCCUGCCCGGCAGGUGUGUGCCCGCUGGGUGUGUUAGCACCGGUGACGGCAGCCCGGGGCGCUGCGGGGGUGCCCAUCUGCCCCAAGCCCUGGCACGGUGACACUAGCCGCCCCUGCCAGCCAGACUCCCGGUGCUGACCACAGCCACCCACGGCAGCUUGUUACGGCCCCGGGGCCCCGGAGAGCCUCGGCUGCCCUGAGCUCCCGAAUAAAAAGCAGGA